AUGACUGUACACAAAGUCGAUGACGGCAGCGCCAUGCCUUCCGGGGUGACUGACGAUAAAAUUAGGCCGCCUUCCGUACACAACGAGGUAUCUUCCCUCAAGGGACAAGCCUUGACGACGCACGAGGUCUUCAAGGAUACGGAAGAUGGCGUCCAGUUCCGUACGGUCAGCUGGCAGAGCGCCACGAUCAUGUUCCUCAAGAUUCAAUUCGCCAUGAGCAUCCUGAGCGUCCCUGGAGCCUUUUCUACCCUUGGUGCCGUUGGUGGUGCCCUUUCUCUCGUCGGAUGGCACGUUCUCAACACUUAUACCGCAGUCAUCCUGGGCGAAUUCCGCAAUCGCCAUCCCGAAUGUCACACUCUGGCCGACAUGUGUGGUCGCCUCUGGGGUCGCGUCGGCAAAGAACUCGUCGGACUGCAGAUUCUCAUCGCCCAAGUCCUCAUCUCGGCAGCAGGCAUUGUUUCGAUUUCGACCGCGUUCAACGCACUAUCCAACCACGGAGCGUGCACCGUCAUCUUCACUUUGGUGUCUGCGAUCCUCAUCACCCUGUUUUCCGCAGUACGUACAUUCAGCCGUCUAGGCUGGCUCACCUGGGUGGGAUUCACCACCUUCUUCAUCGCCGUCUUCAUUUUCGUCGUCGCGGUCACACAACAAGACCGUCCUGCCAUUGCUCCUCCAGGCGACUUUGACCUCGGCUGGACGGCUAUCGCCCACCCGACUUUUGUUGCCGGCAUCACCGCCAGCGCCAACAUCUUCAUCAGCAACAGCGGUUCUUCCAUGUACUUGCCCAUUAUCUCGGAGAUGCGUCGCCCGGAUCAGUACAGGAAAGCUGCUUUGGUCACGGGUGUCCUCGUCUUGGCAAUGUAUCUCUCCUUCUCGCUGGUCAUCUAUCGGUGGUGCGGCGUCUGGCUCGCGACUCCUGCUUUUGGAAGUGCUGGCCCGCUGUUCAAAAAGAUCUCGUACGGUGUUGCGCUUCCCGGCCUCAUCAUCGGUGUCGGCAUCUACCAGCACGUGGCAGCCAAGUACCUGUUUGUGCGUAUCUUGAGAGAUUCGCAACAUCUUCAGGCCAACACCGUCAUUCACUGGACAACCUGGGUUGGCAGCAACAUGACACUCGGAAUUCUCGCCUUCAUUGUGGCAGAGGCGGUCCCCAUUCUCAACUAUCUCCUGGGACUCGCUGGUGCUCUCUGCUUCGCUCCCUUCAGUCUCAUAUUUCCGGCUUUAUUGUGGAUGCAGGACUUUUCGUCGUACCGAAAGGGAGGUGCAGCAAAGAAAGCAAUGUAUGUGUUUCACGUUUUCGUUGUGCUUGUGGGCCUAUUCAUGGUGGUGGCCGGGACAUAUAGUGUCGCCGUGUCCAUCAAGGACGCGUAUGCGUCGGGCUUGAUUUCGAAGGUUUUCAACUGCGCGGACAACUCUGGCACAAUCUCCUGA